UGUUCCAAAAUUGUUGAUAGGUUUUCUACAUUAUUUUGCCGUGAUUCCGAUUCAAUGCCCCGAUGUUGGACAGGGAAGGAAGACAUCAAAGCAAUUACCAAAAGAGCACGUUCAUCUUUGGGAUUGAGCCAAAAUGGGAAGAUCCUGAGUUUGCCAAUGGAGGCAAGUGGACUGUCAGCAGCAGCAAGAAGGCAAUUCUUGACACCAUGUGGCUUGAAACUCUGAUGGCUUUGAUUGGAGAGCAAUUUGAUGAAGCAGAGGAGAUAUGUGGAGUGGUUGCCAGUGUGCGUCAGAGACAGGACAAACUUUCUUUGUGGACCAAAAAUGCAGCCAAUGAAGCGGCUCAGGUAAAUACUAUGCCACUGAUCUUUUUAUGAUGCCAAAACUAUAUGCAACUUAGUUGUUUCUUUUUGUGACUUUGAUCAACAUACUUAAUUUAGAGUGUCAUGAAGAAAUAUCUUGUUCUGUUCUUCAUUUUG